AUGGCCGACAAACGAUCGCCGCCCGACGAUAACACGUCGAUGGCCGUAAAGUCGGUGACAAAGGACAUCCGGACGGUCUCCGUGUCCGGCGGUAGAGCGGCCGACGCGAACCGUCACGAGACCGACAGCGGGCAGGGGAUGGACGUGACUGUUGCGGCGGCCGCGUCGUCCGCCGCGGCGGCGGACGACCUCGACGGCACGGUCACCAUGGCACGCCGCCGCAGGAGGAGCCGUCGGUCCCGGAGAAGAAGCGGCAGGCGGCGUAGACGGUCAUCGUCCCGCAGGUCCCGGCGGCGGCCGAGCAGUCAGGACUCGGGUGACGACAACGACAACUCCGACACGGAUGACGCGUUCACGACCGAAGACGAGGGGUCCGGGGAAAUGGUGACGGCGCGCCGCAGGAAACGGCGGCGGAGGUCCGGUCGGCGCCGUAACGCGAAGGAAGACGGGGAGAACAAGUCGACGGGCGACGGAUCGUCGUCGUCGUCGUCGUCGGAAAGCAACAGCGGCAGCGCCGCCGCCACGAAGGACAUGACGGCGGCCCGGAGGAACCGAUGCGGUAGCCGCAGGAGGAGGCGUAGGAGGAGGUCCUCCAGGAGAAGUCGGCGGUACCCCAGACGUUGCAGCAACGACGGUAGCGAGACCGACGAGAAUUGA